AUGCCUCAACCUGAAAUUAACGGAAGGCCCGGCGUGGCCAUAUUGUUCCACGGUUGCACAGAUAUCACUAUAUUCCGCCCCUUGCGGUACCCGCACCCGCACAUCGACGAGAACUCGUUCGCCACGCUGCCACCCACGGGCUACAUCCGCACUACUGUCCCUCGCAUCAGGGGGAAAAAGUACGACUACGCCUCAUAUACUACCUGGCAGCUGGACUGGCACACCGAUACUCCCCUGGUAUUUGGUGGCACUCACCAUCCUCGUAUCCCUUCCCAAACAGAACGUGAACCCGCAUCCACCGAGCGUCCCCAGCGUUUCGCGCUCAAGCUUGCUGCAAACGUCGGAAACUCACGUAUCGGAAAGGCUCUUAUGGAGAAGCUCAUUGACGAAGCCAUAUAUUAUACGGUCCACUUGUCAUCCGUGCAGGGCGAAGCCGUGCCUAAACAUUACGGUAUCUGGUGCGGGAUCACCGAUUGGGACGUCCCAGUUGCGAUCUCCAUCAUGCAGUGGGGAGGAAGGCCUUACCUCUCACAUAUCAAAGACACAAAGGAUGACACCCUCGAAACAAGGAAAGCGGUGCUCAGAGCGUAUCACGCUCUACAUCAGAAGGCGGGGAUCGAGCACGAUAAUCACUCAGCGGCCUCCGACGGUCAUAUCCUAUAUGAUCACGUAGAGGAGAAAGCAUAUAUAGUGGACUUCUCCCGCGCCUUCCCAGGACAUAAAUGCGCUUUGCGCAUGCCGCUGUUCGACGAGUACCCAGGGAUCGUACCCGAUCCUGUAUUUGGGUGCAGGGAGCUGCUCCUGGUGUCCCGCCUAGUGGGCAUGACGCGAAAUGCCAGUUAUCUUGGAGACCCUACUGGCAGGAUGCAAGCCUUCGUUGACCAGUACUUUGAGGAACAUCCUGAAGCAGAAAGUGACGUUGAGGUUGACAGUGACGAUGAGGUUGACAGUGGCGAUGGGGUUGACAGUGACAAUGAGGGUCCCGAUGGGGUUGACAGGGAGGAUGAGGUUGACUCUGCGGAGUGA